AUGUCACUGGCAAUGGAGUCCAACGGCUCGAGCAAUCUUCUGGGUCAUUGUGAUGAAGCAAAACACAAAAAUGGUGUUCUGGUUUUCGACUCCUCGUCUCUUCAAAAACAGUCAGAGUUACCGAACGAGUUCGUCUGGUCAGACUUAGUCGACGCUCAGCAGGACCUGAAUGAGCCGCUCAUAGACUUGGGAGGAUUCAUGCGGGGCGAUGCAGAGGCGACGGAGCGUGCGGUGGAGCAGAUUAGAAAAGCUUGUAGAAGCCAUGGAUUCUUCCAGGUGAUGAACCAUGGAGUUGACGGCAAGCUCAUCGAAGCUGCGUAUGAGGAGAUUGACAGUGUUUUCAAGCUUUCGUUAGAGAAGAAACACAGUUUUCGCCGGAAAGCUGCCGAAGUUGCAGGCUACUCAGGAGCCCACUCCGAUCGGAUUAAAUCCCAGUUGCCGUGGAAGGAGACUUUCACUUUUAUGUACGAGUUUGAGGGGGAUGACUCGGAGACCAGUGUCUCUGAUUACUUCAACUCCGUUCUCGGGGAGGACUUUAACCAAACAGGGUUUGUUUAUCAGAAGUACUGCGAAGCAAUGAAGGAUUUAUCAAUGGUGAUAUUUGAACUUUUGGGAAUCAGUUUGGGGAUAGACAGGUUGUAUUUCAGAAAUUAUUUCCAAGAUGGGAAUGCAAUCAUGAGAUGCAAUAACUAUCCACUUUGCAACAAUGCCUGUUUAACACUUGGCACCGGGCCGCACACCGACCCAAUUUCUCUCGCUAUUCUUCACCAAGACCAAGUCGGAGGUCUCCAAGUUUUCACGGAGAACAAGUGGCAAGCUAUACGUCCUCGACCUGACGUGUUCGUCAUUAACAUCGGAGAUACCUUCAUGGCACUAACAAAUGGGAUAUACAAGAGCGGGAAGCACAGGGCAGUAGUGAACAGGGAGAAGGAGAGAAGAUCGUUGGUUUUCUUUGUGUGUCCAAAAAAGGACAAAGUGGUGAGACCCCCACAAGAUCUUGUUGACAGAGAAGGGCCCAGGAGGUUCCCAGAUUUCUUGUGGUCUGAUCUUUUGGCUUUUACCCAGUGCGAAUAUCGUCCUGAUUUUCAUACUCUUCACUCAUUUGUCAAUUAUUUUCUCUCCUCUAAAUUUCCCUGA